AUGGAGCAUGUGAAGAAACUUAUUGGGGAGCUAGCAAAGGAGGAUUUAUGUGCUGUACCGAAGGGAAAAUCAGCUCGCAAACGCUGGAAGCCACCUCCUAUUGGCGUGCUAAAGCUAAAUGUGGAUGGGGGUGUUUUUGAGGGGGUGGGUUCUUCUGCAGGGGUUGUGAUACGUGGAGCUGAUGGUGCAGCUGUGCUUGCUGCUGUUCGGAUGGUGGAAGAUAGGUGGGAGCCGAAGAUAGCUGAAGCGAAGGCCAUUCUAUGGGGUGUGCAAGCGGCUGCUGAUUAUGGAGUACGAAGAAUCAUCGUCGAAGGUGAUUGCUUGGGGGUGUUGAACGCAAUUGAAGCACAAGAGAGAGGGGAUAGUAGUCUCCAUUUAAUAUUUGAUGAUAUUUAUCAUGUAAUUCAAGGCUUUGAAUCUGUGUCUUGGAAGUAUAUUAGUAGGGAGGGUAAUAAGGUUGCGCAUGAGUUAGCUCAUUGCUUUCUGUGGGUAUUGGGUAGUAGAGUUUGGUUGUCGAAUUUUCCUGAUUGUGUUGUUCCGUUUUUGGAUCAUGAUCUCCCUAUUAAUGAUGAAUGA